CUCCUGGCUUUGGAAUGUAAGUGAGCAGGUUCAGCUUUGCUUUUCUUGGAAAUAGCAGCUGCGACCCUGCACUAAAUGUAUCACAAAGGUGUUGUUAAGGGAGAGAGUGGCUAGGCCUAUGAAGAAUAGAUGGAGGACUAUUUGAACCAUACGACACCGCACAUCUCGCCAUCACCGAACACAAAACAUUUCCAUGGUUACUACCUUGUCAUCCCAAUCGUCCUGGUCACUCUGGUUGCACUGGCAAUGAUAAUAUACUACAAGAGAAAAUACCAGUCUGAUGAGCUGCGGCACAGACUGAUCCCCAUGUACACAUAUGACCCCGCAGAACAAGAUGACAAUGAUUUAGACUAUUUCAGUGAGGAUGAGGGAGUGAAGGCAUCACUGCGCAAAUAUGGACGUCUAUUUAUUGACUCUGAGGUGGAAAAUUGACACUGGGC